AGUGAUAAAACAACAGGUGGGGAUCAUGUAUAUUCAACCAUGAAGGGCCAGCCAGCGCAGCUUUGUCCCUAAUAGCAAAACCUCGCUGACAGCGGAAGUUGAACAGGUGACCAUUCGUAUAUUUGACUUUGGUAAGGAUGUGAGUCAUAUCGACUUUAUUUUGUGAGUGGUGUUGUUGGAACAGAGUUUCAUCGAGUUCAUCUUCUUGAAUUUGCGGAAUAAAUGAACGAUUAAUAUAAGAAUGGAGGAGCCCACAGUGACAGUUGACGAUUUGCCGUUGAGUUUUGUCGUUAAGUACCUCGGAUGGGAGCCAGCCAGGGGACUCUGGGGCAUGAAACAUACAAGAAAACCGGUGGAUAACUUGGUGAAAAAAGCUAAAAACUUACCUCAAAAUCACAUAUUACCUCGUGUAUCAAUUGAAGUAACAAGAGAUGGUCUUUCUUAUAAGGAAAUGUCGAAAAAGCCGAGUGAUUCGGAAGCUAUAUUUUAUGGAGUGAAUGAAAUUUCUUAUGGUGUGCAAGAUGUAAUUUAUACCAGGGUGUUUAGUAUGAUUAUCGUCACCGAUAAAAAAAUGGAGGAAGGAUUGACAUUCAUAUGCCAUAGCUUCGUAUGUGAAAAUAAGUACCAGGCAAGGCAACUUACUUACGCAUUGGCAGCUGCAUUUGGCGAUUAUGCUCAAAAAAUGAAAGAAUCCAAGAAAAUUAUGAAGCAAAUAAAAUUUGCUAUUGAUUUGAGAACCCCUGAACAGCAAGCUGCAGAAGCUACUGGUGAAGAGGUGGAUGAAGAAACCGAUGCUUGAAACCAAAUAUAAUAAUAAUAAAGGAUUAUUCAUUCUUUAGGCAUAUUUGUAUAUAUAUUUUUUUUCAUGUUGAAAAGAUAGUCAUUAUAAUUUUAGAAUAUGAA